UCUUCGGGGCGCCUUUGCACCGCCAGCAUCGUGUGUGUGUAUCCUCUUUCCCGUUUUCGCGUUUGAACGUCGUAUCCAACGGGAACGGUCCUUUCGGGAAUUGACACCUGACCGACGAGAACAUGUGAACUCGCGACGGAGCUCGGCAACGUCGUGCAGGAGCGAAUCGCACGUAAGACUACCGGAGUAUCGGAGGUUCACCGGCACACGAAUCUACUUCACGUUGCAACGUCCAUCGGGAUCAGUCGAGACAAGUCAGGAACUGCCGAUCGCCUUGCCAAUGAUACCGGCGGGACAGGGGAGGCGCGCGUUCCAGAGGCUAAUCCGGGACGAUUCAAACGACGGUGGAGGAUGCAGCAGCAGGAGGAGGAACAGCAUCAGGAAUCGGAGCAGGAACAACGGAGACUCGUAAUGGUGCCGUCCACCUCGUCCUCGUCGUUGACUUCGUCGUCGGUCACGAUCGCGGCGGACCCACGCGAGGCCGAUGUUACUGUAAAUUCCGAAUUACCCAAUCUGGCGUUCCAGAGCGUCGCCCUGCGGCUUCAAGACGCUCUUCUCACUGCCCUGCAGCGAGCAGCGCUCUUACCGCCGGGACACGUCGCCGCGGCGGCUUUUAAUCUGCAAGCACUAGAAACGUAUCUGACACUUCAUCGUCUCCAUGCGAGCGGCGCGACUUCCGGUGUCGCGCAAACCUCAAGCGCAACCACGACCGUCCUCGGCAAUCAGAGAUGUUCGUUGAACGCGAAUGUCGACGCGGCCCUGAGCUCGACGAUCGUCAAGAACGAUCAUCUGACGGCCGAUCAGCUGCUCCGAUCGGCCGCCUCGGCGAUCGGCGAGGACGACGAGGCACGGCUGGAUUUCGUGACCGACACCGAGGAGGAUCUGGCGCUUCUCGCGGAGGAAGAGGAGGUCCUGCUGAGCGAGACGACCGGGACGGCCGGCUCUUCCGCUAACCACGAGCUCCUUCUACGUCGAAUAUCCGAGGGGAAUCGUGCGAGCACGUCGGUGACGACGGUCUCACGAUCGUCAUCCUUGACCGCACCUUCGUCGUCCUUCGCGUCGUCGACGACUUCCUCAGGCUGCUCCUCGGCCUCGUCCACCUCGUCGUCCUCCUCCUCGUCCGCGCAACACGCUUCGAUCGCGGUGGACUCGAGUGUACCAAGGACUUGCCGUACGUCCCGGCCCAAGAAACAGUUCAUUUGUAAGUUCUGCAGCCGACAAUUCACAAAGAGCUACAAUCUGUUGAUCCACGAGAGGACGCACACCGAUGAGCGGCCGUAUUCGUGUGACAUAUGUGGCAAAGCUUUCCGACGGCAAGAUCAUCUCAGAGAUCACAGGUACAUUCACAGCAAGGAGAAACCGUUUAAAUGCGCCGAGUGCGGCAAGGGAUUUUGCCAGAGUAGGACACUGGCUGUCCACAAAAUUUUGCAUAUGGAGGAAUCACCGCACAAAUGUCCCGUCUGUGCCAGGAGCUUUAAUCAGAGGAGCAACCUGAAGACACACCUACUCACGCAUACGGAUAUCAAGCCUUAUCACUGCGCCUCCUGCGGCAAGGUCUUCCGCAGGAAUUGCGAUCUGAGAAGGCACUCAUUGACCCACAAUUUGGGAGUACCGUCAUCGCCACCGCCCUCGGGAAUCCCGGUUUCCGGUUCGAGCACCAUUGUUCUUCAAGAGACAUCUUAAUGCGCGGGCCGAUCCAUCGAUUUCUCCCUCUCCUUCAUCGGGACAAAGUCCCUGCCUGGGCGCUUUCUUACAACAACGCGGAUCCGAUCGACGUCCAUUUAUUAUAACACCGCAGUGAUCUUGACUCUUCAACGUGCAAUCAAUUCCGACGGUCGAUUCGAUCGCGUCGAUACGGUCCACCAUGGUACGGUCUUGGAUCUUGAUCUCUUGCGCGUAUUCACAUUGUAUCUAUCUGCCUGCACUAUCUAUCAUCGUUAACGUUUAGAGCGUAAUCAUUGUUAUGUAUGUACAUCGCGAUAAGGUCAAAUACGGAUUCGUGCAUGUUUAGAUUUGUAAUUCUAUGUAUGCGAUACGCAGUAUAGGUACCCCGGAAUAACGUAUAGUUGUCUCCGUUCUUAUAGAUCGCGUACCUACUGUACUGUCCGUUGUGUUCUGUCGUUCGUGUGUAAAAUAAACAUUUAUUAUUAUUUUUUAA